AUGGUCUCCACUCGUCUGAAAGCCAUCGCCAGAAGGAAUGUGGCGACCCAGACGGAGCUCCCGCCUAGGCACGCAGCUGUCCAGGAGUGCCUGAGCCUGCCGGAGGGCAGGGGAGAUCACACCUGCGUGCGGUGCGACCAGGAAAAAGACCAUCACCUUGAAAAAGAGGAGGUUCUUCACAAUCCUCUUCUUGACAGGCCUAGCUGCUCUUGGAACACAUUUGCUCUGUUGGGGAAACAAUCACAAGAAAUGCAACAGCUGAGAGAUGAGGUGGUGAGCCUGGCUGCAGAGAUUGGCUCUAUGAAGAAGGAAGUUCAGCAAAUAAAAGAGGCAAUGUCUGCAGUCACACAGAUGUCCGACUGGGCUCUGAAAAGUGCAGGGGCUGCCAUCAACCUGCAGAGAUCAUCCAGCAGCUCUGCAUGGCUCUGCAGGGUGUUUUGGUUCCUGUGUCCUCCACCCCUUCUGGAUACCUUUGUGCAGCCAGAUGCUUCCCCGGGAUACUGCUGGCCUUUCCAAGGGUCUCGGAGUGAGGUGCUAAUCCAGUUGCCCACACAAAUACGACCAAUGGCCGUCACCAUACAGCACACCUCAAAGAUAGACUCUCUGCUGGGGCCUGUCAGUAGCGCCCCCCGAGAUUUCACAGUCUCUGGACUGGAUGAAGAAGGAGAGGACGAAGCUCUGCUGGGGACAUUCACCUACACUGUGCAGAAAAAGCCAACCCAGACUUUCCUUCUGCAGAAUGGGAUCCCCAGAGCCUUUCGGUUUUUGAAGCUUGUCAUACAGAGCAACUGGGGAAAACCAGGAUACACCUGCAUUUAUCGAGUGCAAGUGCAUGGGAAGAUCGUGGGAAUGAAUGCCAUCGGCCAGACACAUGUGGAGACCCUCCCUCAAUAA